GACCACAGAUGCCGCUCGGCGCGAAGGGGCACACUAAUGCUUGUUUACAUUGCGAUUUGCUUAAUGUGUUAGAAUUUUAAACAUGGUUUGCGCUUUGGGCAUUGAAGGCAGUGCUAAUAAAAUUGGUAUUGGCAUAAUUCGAGAUGGUAAAGUACUGGCGAACGUACGCAAAACUUACAUUACCCCACCAGGAGAAGGUUUCCUUCCCAAGGAAACGGCCAAACAUCACAGAGAAGCCAUCCUGGGCUUGGUGAAAUCCAGUCUAAAGGAAGCCCAAUUGAAACCCUCUGAUCUAGAUGUUAUUUGUUACACAAAAGGCCCAGGAAUGGCUCCUCCUCUGCUGGUUGGCGCCAUUGUGGCUCGCACUUUGUCGCUCUUGUGGGAUAUUCCGCUGCUGGGCGUAAAUCACUGCAUUGGACACAUCGAGAUGGGUCGCCUGAUCACCGGUGCCCAGAAUCCCAUAGUUCUCUAUGUGAGCGGUGGAAACACACAGGUUAUUGCCUACUCCAAUAAGCGAUAUCGCAUCUUUGGCGAAACUAUAGACAUUGCAGUGGGCAAUUGCCUGGAUCGAUUCGCCCGCAUCAUCAAGCUGUCCAACGAUCCUAGUCCGGGCUACAACAUCGAGCAGUUGGCCAAGUCGAGCAAUCGUUAUAUUAAACUCCCCUAUGUGGUUAAAGGCAUGGAUGUCAGCUUCUCGGGUAUUUUGUCCUACAUCGAGGACCUGGCAGAGCCGGGCAAGAGGCAAAAUAAGAGAAAAAGGGCACAGGAGGAAGAGGCCAAUGAUUACAGCCAAGCCGAUCUUUGCUAUUCGCUGCAGGAGACCAUCUUCGCCAUGUUGGUGGAGAUCACAGAGCGCGCCAUGGCCCACUGCGGCUCAAAUGAGGUCCUCAUAGUUGGAGGUGUGGGUUGCAAUGAGCGACUUCAGGAGAUGAUGUGCAUUAUGUGCGAGGAACGCGGAGGCAAACUCUUUGCCACUGAUGAACGUUACUGCAUAGACAACGGACUAAUGAUUGCUCAUGCUGGUGCAGAAAUGUUCCGCUCCGGCACUAGGAUGCCCUUUGAGGAAGCUUUUGUGACUCAGCGAUUCCGCACGGACGAAGUGCUGGUCAGCUGGCGGGAUGACUAAUCAACACAAGGACUUAUUUCUGUGCAUCGUUUGUUUAUUAAAUAACUAGUGUCCAUAAUAUCUUCAUA